AUGGAGCUUUUCUUGUGGAAUAUGAUCCAUUGUAGGAAGAGGGCCAUUGUAGUGAUCCUCAACCUGCAGCUGCGUAUGGCAAGAGUUUCUUACCCUCCUGCUGCAGGAAAUUUUAGCAGUGAAGCUAAUGAUCUUGUGAAGGGAAUCAUGCAUAUUGUUGACGCAUUUUAUGCUGCCUUAGAGAAAAUUAGUGGAAAUAAUGUGAAAAUAGUUGUGUCAGUCAGUGGGUGGCCUAUUGCAGGUGCCAUUAUUGGAGCUAAUUAUGGGAUGCAAGCAGACAAUCUUCCAUCGCCAAUCAAUGUGAUCACCCUCUAUAUGCAUGAAAACAUUCCUCUGUUGAGAUUGUUUGAGCCACAUUCAGAUGUUUUGGAUGCCCUAAGAGGGUCAAUAAUUAAAGUUUCCCUAGGAGUGAAAAAUGAAGAUGUACCAGACAUUGCAAUGAACACAAAUACUGCCAUGCAAUGGGUUAACACCAACAUUGUUCCUUUUAUUCGAGAAGUGGAUAUCGGAUGGAUCACGGUGGGCAACGAGAUGGUGCCGGGUCCUAACGCCAAUCUCAUCCCUCAAGCCAUGAAUAAUCUACUUAGUGCACUUAACUCAGCACGAAUAACCAACAUUAAAAUCUCGACAGUGGUUAACGCCAAUGUCUUGGGAGUUUCUUCCCCUCCUUCUGCAGGGACCUUCAGUGAUGAAGCUAGUGCAACUAUGCAAGGCAUCGUUACAUGGUUAAAUGGUACAAACAACCCCUUAUUAAUCAACGUCUACCCAUAUAUCGCAUUCGCUUCAAACCCGACCCAAAUACCAUUAGAUUAUGCACUUUUUAAUGCACAACAGCCAGUGAUUGAUGGGGAAUACACAUACUAUAGCUUGUUUGAAGCUAUGGUUGACGCAUUUUAUGCUGCCCUAGAGAAAAUUGGUGCUAAUAAUCUGAACGUAGUUGUUUCUGAGACUGGGUGGCCUAACGCUGGGAAUGAUCCUUAUACAAGUAAGCAAAAUGCACAAACUUAUAACCAGGAACUCAUUGAUAAAAUGAAGCAAACAGGCACACCAAGAAGGCCAAAUAAUAUUUUGGAUAUCUUCAUAUUUUCUAUGUUUAAUGAAGAUAAAAAGGCGGUUGGAGUCGAACAAAAUUGGGGUUUUCAUUACCCGAAUAUGGACGCUGUGUAUCCCUUGACAUUUUAA